GCAGCGGCGUUAGCUAUGUGGAUGGAUUGAGUUAGCUGGAAGAAGGUUCUUAGGUCAUAACACAGGUAAUUAUUCAUUUUAUAGUUUAGCAACAAUGUCUUCAGUUCAGUAUUUGAGAGGGUUUAUCAACGAGAGACUAACUGCUGCUGCUGAAGAAAUAUUCGGAGUUAUAGAGAAAACUAUCGUCGAGUACGAAGAAGAGAUCGACCGUCAGCGCAGACUGUUGGAUAUAACUUGGAAACCUGAAAUAAAGUUACACAGGAUAGUUCCUCCAGAGCUCCCACAGCAACAUGUCUGUAAGGAGGAGGAGGUUGUCGCUGAGCAGCAGCUCUGUUUUGAUGAGAGGAACUCCAGUGUGGAUCAAGAGGAGCCAGAGCCUCCACAGAUUAAAGAGGAAAAGGAGGAAGUCUGCAGCAGUCAGGAGGAAGAGCAGCUUGAAGUGAAGCAGGAGACUGAUGACUUUAUGUUGACUCCUUCUAAUGAGGAAAGUGAGCACAGUGAAGAUCAGACUGUGAACUGGAGUAUCGAUGAAACAAAUGUUUUAGAGGGAAACCUUCCAAACUACAUUUGUGUUAAAAGCGCUGUCUCACCAGACCCAAACAGUGACUACCAGCUCUUCUCUCACAACUCUCAUGAAGCUGAGAGCCAAGAUCGGAAAGAAGAGCUCCCACAGCAACAUGUCUGGAAGAAGAAGAAGGAGGCUGUCGCUGACCAGCAGCUCUGUAUUGAGGAGAGGAACUCCAGUGUGGACCAAGAGGAGCCAGAGCCUCCACAGAUCAAAGAGGAAGAAGAGGAACUGUGCAGCAGUCAGGAGGGAGAGCAACUUGAAGUGAAGCAGGAGACUGAUGACUUUAUGUUGAUUCCUCCUUAUGAAGAAAGUGACCACAGUGAAGACGAGUCUCUCAAUGUUAGUAUCAGUGAAUCUCAAAAUGUGGUGGAGGAAAACUUUAUAAACUACAUUGUUAUUAAAAACUCUGUGGUCCCAGAAGCAGACAGUGACCACCAGCUCCUCUCUCACAACUCUCAUGAAGCUGAGAGCCAACAUCAGGAAGGAGACGAGCACGGAGACUCAGGAUCAACUUACAAUGUAUCUAACCCUUUUAUAUCAACAAUUCAGUGUAAUACUCACACAGGUAAAACGUCUUUAAAGUGUGACACAUGUGGGAAAACUUUUAAGUAUAGGUCAGAUUUAAAGAGACACCUGAUAACACACACAGGUGAGAAGCCAUAUUCUUGCAACACCUGUGGGAAAAAAUUCAUUCAGCCAUCAUUAUUGAAGAAUCAUAUAAGAAUACACACAGGUGAGAAGCCAUUUAUUUGCAAGACAUGUGGGAAAGAAUUUGGAUAUAGCAGUCACUUGAAAGUCCACAUGAGAACUCACACAGGAGAGAAGCCAUAUUCUUGCAAAACAUGCGGAAAAGAUUUCAGACUUCUUAGUAAUUUGAAUGUCCACUUGAGGAUCCACACAGGUGUGAAGCCGUUUUCUUGCAACACCUGUGGAAAAGAUUUCGGACGCAAAAGUCACUUGAUAGGCCACAUGAGAAUUCACACGGGAGAGACGCCGUUUACGUGCAAAAUAUGUGGGAGAGCUUUCAAACUUAGUUCAGGCUUGAUAGGCCACAUGAGAACCCACACAGGUGAGAAGCCAUAUUCUUGCAACACCUGCGGGAAGACGUUCUGUCGGUCAUCAGUAUUGAAUAUGCAUUUAAAUAUCCAUACAGGUGCGAAGCCGUAUUGUUGCAGCACCUGUGGAAAAGAUUACAGGCGUAAGUGUGACAUGGUAGUCCACAUGAAAAGAGCCCACGCUGGUGAGAAGUCGGACCAUUGCAAGACUUGUGGGAAAAGCUGCUUUGAUGGGUCUACUACGGCAAACCAUAUAGCAUUGCAGUCAGCAACAAUGUCUUCAGCUCAGAAUUUGAGAGAGUUUAUCAGCAAGAGACUAACUGCUGCUGCUGAAGAAAUAUUCGGAGCUUUUCAAAAAACUAUUGUCGACUACGAAGAAGAGAUCGACCGUCAGCGCAGACAGUUGGAUGAGACUUGGAAACCGGAAGUAACGUUACUCAGGAUAGUCCCUCCAGAGCUCCCACAGCAACAUGUCUGUCAGCAGGACCAGGAGGAGGAGGUUGUCACUGACCAGCAGCCUGGCAUUCAGGAGAGGAACUCCAGUGUGGACCAAGAGGAGCCAGAUCCUCCACAGAUGAAAGAGGAAGAGGAGGAACUGUGCAGCAGUCAGGAGGGAGAGCAGUUCGAGCUGAAGCAGGAGACUGAUGCCUUUAUGUUGAGUCUUUCUGAUGAGGAAGGAGAUGUCAAAGAAGAUCAGACUCUGAACUUCAACCAUAAUGACACUGUAAGUGCAGCAGAUGAAGAGUCUUCAAUGAAAAUGCCGGUUAUAACCUCUGUGGUACCAGAACCAGACAAUCAUAAUGAUACUGUAAGUGCAGCAGAGGAAGAGUCUUCAGUGAAAAUGCAGGUUGUAACCUCUGUGGUACCAGAACCAGACAAUCAUAAUGACACUGUAAGUGCAGCAGAGGAAGAAUCUUCGGUAAAAAUGCUACUCAGAAGCUCUGUGGUACCAGAACCAAACAAUCAUGACACUGAAAGUCCAGCAGAAGAAGAGCCUUCAGCGAAAAUGCCAGUUCUAACCUCUGUGGUACCAGAACCAAACUAUCAUAAUGAUACUGUAAGUGCAGCAGAGAAAGAGCCUUCAGUAAAAAUGCCGGUUAUAAGCGCUGCGGUCCCAGAAUCACACAGUGGCCACCAGCUCCUGUCUCACAACUCUCAUGAAACCAAGAGCCAAGACCAGGAAGGAGGCAAGCAUCGGGACUCAGGAUCAACUAGAAAGGCAAAGCCAAAACAACAGAAUCAACACCGCGAACAUAACAGUCACACUCAAAAUGUAUCUAACCCCACUGUGUCAACAAUUCACUGUCAUACACGCACACGUAAAAAGUCUUUUAAAUGUGAUACAUGUGGGGAAGCUUUCAAGAAUGAGUCAGAUUUGCAGAUACACGCGAGAAUCCACACAGGUGAAAAGCCACAUACUUGCGACCACUGUGGCAUGACGUUCACUCAGAAGGCAUCAUUGAAUGGUCAUUUAAGGGUCCAUUCAAGUGAGAGGCCAAGUUCUUGCAAAACAUGUGGGAAAGAAUUCAGAUAUAAAAGUUACUUGUCAGACCACAUGAGAAUCCACACAGGAGAGAAGCCAUAUUCUUGCAACACCUGUGGGAAACGAUUCAACCACGCAACGUCAUUAAGAUUUCACAUGAGAACCCACACAGGCGAGAAGCCGUAUUCUUGCAAAACAUGUGGGAAAGAAUUCAGAUGUAGCAGCCACUUGACAGACCACAUAAGAACCCACACAGGGAAGAGGCCUUAUUGUUGCAACACCUGUGGAAAAGAUUUCAGACGUAGUAUAGACUUGACAACCCACUUGAGGAUUCACACAGGAGAGAAGCCGUUCGCGUGCAAGACAUGUGGGAAAGCUUUCGGCCGUCGUUAUAACUUGAUAGUCCACAUGAGAGUUCACACAGGUAAUAGGCCAUAUUGUUGCAGCGUCUGUGGGAAAGAUUUUGUACAUAAUAGGAACUUGUCAGCCCACAUGCGAAGAGACCACAGUGGUGAGAAGUUGGACCUUUGAAACGAUCUGUGGGAAAACAUGCUUUGGUGCUUUGCGUUUGAGAUCGCAUACAUGCAAAUAAUCUUAUUUUUGCGAAAUAUGUUGGAGACAAUUCAACUCUUGUGGUUCCCGGUUAAAGCACACAAGAACUCACAGAGAGGAGCCACAUAAUUGCAGCGUUGAAGUAAAAGUUUUACUCAAAUUACAAACAUCUUGAAGAACAUCUGAGGAUCACUAUACACAGGAAAAACUGCCAAGCUAAAACUCCUGUUGAGUGUAACUUUUACAAUAGGUACUGAAUGUAUACAGUUCCCCAUUGAGAGGAGUUUACAAAAUGUUGAGGUAGUAUAUUUUCAGCAAUGCCAUCAAGUUUUGUUGCUCUGAUUUCAUUGUUUUCCUUCAUAUUUCUGUUGGCAACAAUAUUUCUUCAACAAUCCCCCAAAGUUAUUGAAAAGUCUUUGUUGCACAGGUAGUUCAUGAAUCUUAAAAAUGUUUGAUUGGUUAUUAAUAUUGUUUUUAUUUAUUUAUUUUUAUCUUUACUGCUUUUGGCUCACUUGUGUCAUCCUGCCAACUAGGAUCUUUUUUUUUUGUCUGCAACAUGUCAUCUAAUUUUGUAUAUUUUUGUAUUUUGUAAUCGCAUCAGUUUGAUGUAAUUUUUGUUUUCAGUUUAAGUGGUGACACAGACAAAAACUGUAGAUGAUGCACUACAUGGUGCUGUCAACAAUUCAGCCUAAGUAACUAACAGAACAGUCAGUUUCCUCAGGGACAUGGACUCUAAACUGCUGUUUUUGUUCUGCUGUGUUUUCUAACAAUAAAUCUUUGUUAGAAAAAAAA